UUUGUUAGUCUGUGUUUAAGGCAGCAAACAAUUUGGAAAUUUUGAGUGAAGAUGGUUUUACCCUACGAAUACAAAGCUCAAACAAUCGUAGACGAGGGAAGAACAAGUCAUGCUCUAAUUCAAGAAGUGAAAAAUUGGCUCUCGACAACUGAUUUUCCGCAACUUCAGGACGAAUCAAUUGUGCUGUUUCUCCUAUCGUGUCAGAACAACGUCGAAGAGACUCAGAAGACAAUUCGGGCGUUUUUUAAAAUAAAAAGUGAGUCUCCGGAUAUUUUUCAAAACCGGGACAUGGACGACGAAGUUUUGCAAAGAGCAAUGAAAGUUGUAACAUGUGUCAGCAUCCCCACACGUCUCAGCAACAACCAAACUGUGAUCCAUUUCUUCAAACUGAACGACACAAACUACCGAAAUUUUGAUUUGAUCACCAGCAUGAAAUUAGCUUUCAUGGUCAUAGACAUAAGUCAAAGACGCAAUCCUCCGAGCGAUUUAAUUGUAGUAAUCGACAUGAAAGGGGCCACUCUAAUGCACCUCACGUGCAUCAAAUUAGGAGCAAUUAAAAAAUUCAUCGAUUUUUUGCAAGAAGCAAUGCCUCUCCGAAUCCAACAAAUUCACGUCUUGAACGCAAAUUACAUUUUUGAUAAGGCUCUAGCCAUCGGGCGCGUGUUUAUGAAGAAUGAAUUAAUGGAAAUGAUUCACGCACAUUCACCAAAAUUAAGUAUGGACGAAAUUUAUGAAAAGUGUGUUCCCGCCGCCUGUUUACCCAAAGAAUACGGCGGGGAAUUACCCACGUGUGAGGAAUUGAACCGACGAACGGUCGAGCAGUUUCGCGAGCUGAAGAAAUUCUUCGAAGCGGAAGAAAUGCUAAUCUCGUCUUUUAAAUCAAGUUGAAAAAUUGUAA